ACCAACACGGAGAGGAGAAGAUAAAUAGACGUCCAUGUCUAUAUUAUACAUUCCCAACAAGAUUUGAGAAUAUAUAGGUACGCACCAAAGCCUGGGUGUAUCGCCGGUGCAGAAGACCACUCCCCCGUGUACAGGAGUAACUAUAAUCAAGUCAUGAGUAACAUAUCACCCUUUGGCGGUGGCAAGAAUCCGCCCUGGGUUCGCAAUCCUGGACAAGGAAUACAAAAUAUACAGCAACAAAUGCUGGGUCAAGCUAUGGGUGGUAUGGGUGGACAACCAAUGGUUCAAUAUCAACAGCCCAACCAACAAGUGUACCAACAGAGUUUAGGCUUACAGCAACAAAACAUAACAAUGGCGUCAAUGGCAACUAUAAGUUCAAAUAUACCAUCUGGUAUAGCUGGACAGUUGUAUCCACAAGUCGCUACAGUUUCAUAUCCUACUCCAAGAACUCUAAAUACCAAUGCAUUCACACAAUCAGUGGCUGGAGUUACUCAGCAGGUUCAGCAAAAUGUACCUCCUUCUUCCACAAAGCAGAGAGUAUUUACAGGAACAGUUACCAAAAUCCAUGAUAACUUUGGAUUCGUGGAUGAAGAUGUAUUUUUCCAAACUAAUGCCUGUGGCAAAGGUCCUUUCCCAUCAGUUGGUGAUCGCGUUUUGGUAGAAGCAUCUUUUAAUCCCAAUAUGCCAUUUAAAUGGAAUGCAACUAGAAUACAAGUGCUUCCCAUGGGAAACACAAAUAACACUACCACAACACAACCAGCUCCGUCGACUCCUAGACAAACUCAACCUACUAGAACGUCCGGAACUUACAAUGCUGUUCCACCUCCUACUGAUGGAGCAAAUAACAGGUUUGCCACAAAUACGACUCCCACGGCACUGGUCACAAAUCGGAACAAGGCUGGAAGAGUUAGAGACAGAUCCCCCCGAGACAGAAGAGACGAUGAAGAAAUUGAACGAAAGAGACGAAGAGAAGAUAGGAUUAGAGAAAGAGAAAAAAAAGAAGAACGCAGUCCAUCAAGGACGAGACGAAGUAAAUCGCCGAGACCACGAAGAAGAACCAGAGUAGUUCCCCGGUACAUGGUACAAAUACCAAAGAUAGCUCUCGAUUUGCCAGAAGCUGACGUUCUGGAAAUCAAACGACGUUACCAAAACAUGUACGUUCCCAGUGACUUUUUUUGCACCAAUUUCAGAUGGGUGGACGCCUUUCCGCCGCACAUGCCAUUCACUUUGAACAAACCUUGUUCCUUCCACGUCAUGCAUAAGGAAGUUGAUUCUUGUCAUGAAAACACAGCUGUACUGGAACCUCCUGAUGCUGAUUACUUAUUCUCAGCCAAAGUCAUGCUCAUUUCCAUGCCGGCUAUGGAAGAAAUAUAUAGACGAUGUUGCGGCCUAGCCGAGGAAAAAGACAGAAGCGACGAUCGUGACUACAUCCACCCCACACGCUUGAUCAAUUUUUUGGUCGGGUUGCGCGGAAAAAACGAAACCAUGGCAAUAGGUGGUCCAUGGAGUCCAUCACUUGAUGGUCCAAACCCCGAAAAGGAUCCAUCUGUCCUCAUUAAAACUGCAAUUAGAACGUGCAAGGCUUUGACUGGAAUUGAUUUAUCCAACUGCACUCAAUGGUACCGCUUCUUGGAGCUCUACUACAGGCGCGCAGAGACGAGCCACAAGUCCGGCCGGGUGGUCCCCUCUCGCGUUGAAACCGUCAUACUAUUUCUCCCAGAUGUAUGGCGCUGUGUGCCUACCAGGCUGGAAUGGGACAGCCUGCAACUCGGCUACAAGCGCCAGCUGGAGCGUAAGCUGGCGCGUCAAGCCGCGCCCAACGAGAAUCUUACUGACAAUACGGACAAUUCUGCUCCUGCUGCUGCUGCUGUCACUGCUGCUGUUGCUGCUUCUGCUGGUGGUGCACAGGCCGAGAAUGCCACUGAUGAGGCUGCUGCUGUCGCAGGCGUUGCUAAUCAAAAGGACGACUUUGUCACGGAGAAGAAGGACCCCACCCAUUAUUCUGAACUGGAUCCAAAAAAUAUGAACGUAAAUGAUUUACGCCUGGAAUUAAGCGCUCGUAAUUUAAGCUCCAAGGGCCUAAAGUCUCAACUUCAAGCUAGACUAACUAAAGCUAUGAAAAUAGAGCAGGCCAAAGAGGAGGGUAGACACGAAGACAUUGAAGAGAAUGAAAAAGAAAGUACACCAUCACCUAAAGAAGAACCAAAAGAUGAAAAGCGGUCCAAAGAUAAAGAACAUGACGAGGACAAGAAAAAGGUUUAUGAUAGGGAAAAACUGCUUAUGGAGAAAAGAUACAAUUUCCCGGAUAAUCCUCAGAUAAUAGUCCAUCCGUCAAGAACGGCCAAGAGUGGAAAAUUCGACUGCACGUGUAUGUCUCUUAGCGUUUUAUUAGAUUACAGACCAGAAGAUACAAAGGAACACUCGUUCGAGGUAUCUCUGUUUGCUGAGCUUUUCAACGAAAUGCUAAUGCGCGACUUUGGCUUUAGAAUAUAUCGAUCCUUGUACGCCGUACCUGAGAAACCAAAGGAGAGAGAGGACGACCGAAAAAAAGACAAGAAAGACGAUAAAAAGAAAGAUGAUGACAAAAAAAGCAAAAAGGAUGACAAGAGAGAUGAGAAAAAAAGUGACAACAGUAAAGACAAGAAGGAUGAUAAAGAUGCCAAAAGCAAAAGUGACGAAAAGGAUAAGGAUAAAAAUGAAGAUGAUGAUGACUACGAUGAUGAAGAGUCUGAUGAUGAUGAUUCUGUAAAAGACGGAAAAAAAGAUAAAGACAAGGAUGGAAAAAGGAAAAAAAUUAGACUCUUCACGUCGGACCCAUAUCUUCUCUUGGCCUUUGUGUAUUUCGACCAAACUCAUUGUGGCUACAUUUUUGAUAAGGAUAUUGAGGAAUUAAUUUACACCUUAGGACUGAAUUUAUCUCGCGCUCAAGUUCGAAAACUUGUUCAAAAAGUCGUAACACGAGACUCUUUACAUUACAGAAAAUUAACUGAUAAAAUGAAAGAGGAAGAUUCUAAAGACAUAAAAAAAGAUGAUAGCGAGAAAGAUGGAAAUACUGCCAAAGCAGACCACGAAGAAGAAGUUCUAAAGUCUCUCGCUCUGGGAAACAAAAAGUUAUUGCCAGUAUUUGUUGGGAGUGGUCCUGCUUCCAAGAGAGCAAGAGGCGAAGGUUCUUUGGAGCAAUCAGAAAAUCAGUCAGUACCAGAAGGUUUCCUAAUGUUCCAAGGUUCGUUACUAGAUGUACAGAAACUUGUUAGUCAAUUACAAAGGUCGGAAAGCGCUCGUGUUGACACAGAGACACGAAUGAUGGAACUGCAACGUGAAUUGGCUGCUUUAAGCGAUAAGUCGACCAAACAAAGUAGUAAUAUUAAAGAUCUUUCUGACGACUUGAAGUUAUACAAAGAUAGACUGAGAACCGCAGAUGAUAAAUUGAAGAAAGUAACGACUGAAUCACAUGCAUAUUUCGCUUCAUUAAAGAGUAUACAUCAUAUCUCGUCAAAAUAUAUGCAAAGCGACGUAAAGCGAGUCGAAGUUGUUGAAAUUCAAGACGAAAAAGUCAAUGCCGAACAAGUGAACGGUGCACAAGUUGAGUGCAAAUUUAAGGGUGAUACUCGAUGGAGCGACAAUAAAGUUGCUAUAAAAAAAGAGCCUACCGAAUAUGAUAAGGACAAAAAGUGUGACAAUAAAGUUUUAGUUAAGAAGGAGAUCACUACAGAGGAGGAGAAGGAUAAAAAGUAAAAUUUGCGUAAUUGUUUGUAUUUAUUCGUUUACACCUCUGAAUGAGGUGCACCAAAAUCCAACAACGUUCGAAUUCGCGGAUACGCUUCACACGAUGAAAGUAUCGAAAGUAUUUUAUGUAAUCGAGGAAUAUCGGGUGAGAUUAUUUUUUCCGUAUUUCUUUUUAUACACCAAAAUAUUCUUUUUUUUUAUUGUAAAAUUCAGGUAAUAUAUGCGUGCGUGUUUAGACGAACCAUCGCAUUAUUUUUAAAUGUAUAAAUCAUUUAGGAGUUGAAAACAUUCUUUUGCAAUCGCAAUUGUAAAUUGUUUUAUGAUUGCUCUAGAGGUUUUCACAACUUUUCUAACUUUAAACUGUUUUAUUCCAUAUUUGUGUAUUAUUAUAAAGUCAAAAUGUUAUUAUUUUACGUUAAUAUUGUGUUUAAAACAUAUUAUCUUUCACAGUUAGUUUCAAAACAGAAAGUGAAUUUUUACAUUGAGUGUUUUGUAAACUUUCCAAGAAUCAUAUGUAAAUGUACAGUUAUUUUAUCGAAAUUACUGAAAUGGCAAGAUUUAUAGAAGUCAAAAUACAUGUUCAUUUGAAUAUAUAUUUCCAUUUUUUUUUAAUCCUGCAAAUGUUAAAAAAUUUCGAAGGAUAGAAAAAAAUAAAUCAGUUUUACCAUCAAAUAUACUUUAUUUACCAUCAUUUGCAGUUUAACCUCGAGAUAUUGCAAUGGCAUUUUUAUCAUACACAAGUAUGCUAUAACUUGUAUUUGAAAGUUAUAGUUCAAAAAUGAAACUUAAUUAUUUAUUUCUUGUUACAGGCGUAAUUUGUUAAAAAUUAUUUUUUCCCUUUCAUGAUUUUCACUUAUUGGCUAAACAGAUUGUGAGGUAAUUAUUUAUUUUGUCUUG